GUGAUGCCAUUCUCUCUCUCGGGACAUCUACCACCCUCCUUGUUGACAUCGCACCCGGCCCGGAGGUUCCGAAGCGCACUACGACAUCGCACUUGCUCGCCCACCCAACAAGUGAAGAAUCAUACAUUGCCAUGUUGUGUUACAAGAACGGUGCGCUAGCAAGAGAAUACGUUCGCGAUCACUAUGCCUCCAAGGACUGGGAUAAAUUCAAUGAGCUCGUCCGGGAGACCCCAACAGGGAACGAUGGCUACAUUGGGUUCUACUUCCCACUGUUCGAAAUCAUCCCUGCAAACGUUAUCGGCGACUUUUACUUCCAUAAUGGUCAACUCGUCGAGGCUGUUUCAGAUAUCAAGCAUCAUCCGAGGGCUAUUCUAGAAAGUCAGCUACUCAGCAUUCGCUCCAGGACUAUGUCUAUCCUUCCCCAUGACGCUCCACCACUCAAGAGGCUUCUACUGACCGGAGGUUCAAGUGCCAAUGAAGUAAUACGACAAAUGGCGAGCGAUAUCAUGAACUUAGACACAUACGUCGCUGAAUCGAAAGAAGGUGGUGCCGUAGGGGGUGCAAUACUCGGCAUGUAUGCCUGGUGGCUACAACAAGGUAAUAGGGGUGCUUUGGAUGAUCUAAAGAAGACUCUCAAGGUGGAUGCAUUCAAAUUGGUGGCCAGGCCGAAUCCAGAUCAUGCAGAUACAUACGAAGGCAUAAUUCCACUCUACAGAAGAUGUGAAGAGAAAGUUGUGGUGUUAUGCGCGAAGAAUAAUAACGAUGGAGAUUAA